UCUAAGACUGUUUUUCUCUCUUUAGAAGCAGCUGGUUUCAGCAACACGUCUGUCAUUCUGCUUCAUCAGCUAGAGGAUAAGACAAAAGCACAUUCCUUUUUCAUAGAGUUUCUUCAUCAGGUUGGUGUAUUUGAACGUCUGGGCAGUUUUCCAGCGCGAGGGAUACCGAUGGCAACUCGACUGUUGCUCUGUGAGCACGCAGAGAAACUAGCAGCAGCUAUCAUUCUCAAGAAUCACCACUCCAGGCUGCCUGAUCUAGUGAAUGCUGCUAUACUGAUCGCAUUAAACAAACGGGAGUGUGACAUUCCACCAAGUCUUACCCCUGCGGAUGUGUUCUUCCAAGAGGUGUCCCAGAUAGAUUCCAUCUUUGAAUGCUUACUAGAAGAAGAGGAACAGAUCCUGAAAGAUGUGCCUAUUGAAUCAAUUGAGAUAGUUGUCAAUGUGAACAACAUCAUUAAGGACGUGCUACAAGCGGCCUGUCAGUAUCGUCAAUCUAGAGCAUCUUUAUAUAAAACAGGAGAGCUUCCAGAAAGAGAACCUGAAUAUAUCCCAUGGACAGCAUCGAGCAGCCUUCGCACAGCAAUAAUACGUCAGCACGGAAUCAUUUUGAAGAUGGUGUAUCCCCAGGCGGACAGUAACCUCCGUAGCAUUGUGGCUGAACAGUUGGUGGCACUCCUGGACUGUUUUCUAGAUGGCUAUGUUUCUCAGCUGAAAUCUGUGGACCGCCCUGUUGAUCAAGAGAGAUACAGCCAUGUGGAAAUGGAGUAUGUGCAGAAAAGAUCGGAGCUCUUGUCUCCUCUCCUUUCCCUGGGACAGUACCAGAUGGCAGCUGCUUUAGCGGAGAAGUACUGUGACUUCGAUAUCCUGGUGCAGAUAUGUGAGCAGACAGACAACCAGGCCAGGUUGCAACGUUACAUGAGUCAGUUCGCAGAUCAGAAUUUUUCAGAUUUCCUGUUUCGCUGGUAUUUAGAGAAAGGAAAGCGAGGGAAGCUGCUAUCUCAGCCUAUCGCUCAGCACGGACAGCUGGAGAAUUUCUUGCAAGCUCAUGAGCAUCUGAGCUGGUUACAUGACAUCAAUAGUCAGGAUUUGCAAAAGGCUCACAGAACAUUGCAGACUUUAGCAAAUAGGGAGACCCGAUAUUUUGCGAAGAAGAAAACACUUCUUGGCCUGAGCAAAUUAGCUGCACUGGCAUCUGACUUCUCAGAAGAUACACUGCAGGAGAAAAUAGAAGAAAUAUCGGAACAGGAACGCUUUCUAUUACAUCAGGAGACGCUUCCUGAGCAAUUACUGGCAGAGAAACAGUUAAACCUCAACGAUAUGCCAGUGCUGUCUGCAUCUCAGCUCAUUGAUAUGUACAUAAGUGAUGAGAACAGGAGGGCCAACGAGAAUGACUUCAAGAAAGCACUUGAUCUGCUGGAAUAUAUUGAUGAGGAAGAGGAAGUAGAUGUAAAUGACUUUAAACUUAAAAUCCUCUGCAAGGCUCUCCAAAGAGAUGGGUGGUCCAGUUUGGAUGGUAAAGAUGAUCCAAUUGAAGCAUCUAAAGAUAGCAUAUUUGUGAAAAUAUUACAAAAACUCUUGAAAGAAGGGGUUCAGCUGAGGGAGUAUUUACCGGACGUGAAGGACCUGCUGCAAGCGAACGAGCUGGGCACCCUGAAAUGCAGCACCUACUUCGAAUUUGUGUUAAAGGCAAACUACGAACUCUACGUUCAGGGACAAGAGUAAUGCUGGCUGGGUUUUUUACAUACGUUUUCUAAAGAACUGU